ACCUCAGAAUGAAUGUAGAAGAAUAACACACAAUAAAUGCCCCCCACCCUUUAAAAGCUAUCCGCUCCGACUUAUCGGCCUCAUCGCCGGUACCUCAGAAUUCUCUUCCCAUUUUAACCUCUCUCUCUCUCUCUCUCAAACUUCUCCCUCCCCUCUGUUUAUUCCUCAACACAAUCCAGCAAGAUACAGUGAAAACCCAAAAGAAUCCAGCUAAAAAAUAAAUUUUAAAAUAAACAAGUGAAAAUGGGUUAGCUUUAUCUCUUAGCUCCAUUAAAUUUAAAACAUAAACCAAAAGGAACAAGAGAAAACCCUAGAUUUUGGGGGACCUAGGGUCACUUCUUUUAUGAAUCGGCCAUAAAGGAAGCGGAUUCAUAUCAGCAACAAACGAAAGAGAUGUACAGAGAGAGAGCGGCCGGAGGUUCCAAUGGAGAGGCGGUGUCGGUGGAUCGGAAGCGGAUUAACGAGGAGCUUGAUAAGCAACUGGAACGGUCGUCGCCGUCCACUUCGAGAGCGAUCAACGGCAAGGAUCAGUAUCAUGACUCUCGCUCUGCUUCUCUCCCUAAUGCUAACGCCUCCGGUGAUGAAUCUGAAACUGACAGUGAAGAGUCUGACGGGGAUGACACGUCUUGGAUCUCUUGGUUUUGCAAUCUACGUGGAAAUGAGUUCUUUUGCGAAGUUGAUGAAGACUACAUACAAGAUGACUUUAACCUUUGUGGGCUAAGCAGCCAAGUUCCUUAUUAUGAUUAUGCACUUGAUUUGAUUUUGGAUGUUGAAUCUUCUCACGAGGAGCAAAAUGAAUUAGUUGAGUCUGCGGCAGAGACGCUUUACGGCCUGAUUCAUUCCCGAUACAUAUUGACAGGCAAAGGAAUUUCUGCUAUGCUAGACAAGUACAAGAGCUAUGAUUUCGGAAGAUGCCCUAGAGUUUACUGCUGCGGACAACCUUGUCUUCCGGUUGGUCAAUCGGAUAUUCCUCGGACAAGCACAGUAAAAAUAUACUGCCCUAGAUGUGAAGAUGUCUACUACCCUCGCUCCAAGAACCAAGGCAACACUGACGGAGCGUACUUCGGGACGACAUUUCCGAACCUGUUUUUGAUGACAUACCACCACCUGAAGCCACAAAAAGCAUCUCAAAGCUAUGUGCCAAGAGUAUUUGGGUUUAAGAUCCAUAAGCCAUGACAUAAUACUGUUUUUGGGCAAUAGUUGUAUUGCCUUUUUGCCUAUCUGCAAUGCGAGUAAUGCUUUCGAAACGAUGGGUGUAGCUGGGCAGAGUCUUUCAGGUUCUUUUCAAAUGUUUUUAAACAAAUUACGAUAAAUCUCAAUUCCUGAUUUUCAAUUUAUGCUUCCGAA